CACUCACUCACACGCUGCAGUCAUUCAGAGGCACAGCGUGGAGGCUGCACACAUACACACACCAACCCUUUAGAGCGACAUGGCAAGACUACCUCAGCGCUGUGUGAUGAUAUCAGUGUGUUUGGCAGGAACUCUUCUACUGCUGCCGCUCUGCUGGGGUGCUGACGAGGACGAAUAUAAUUUUGACUAUGAUUCCACGCAUACCCCGGAGUACGACUACAAUUCAACGUUCGGGUUCCUGUUCUUCAGUAAUGCCAGCAGUGAUGAUCUAGAGAAGUUUUUAAUGGGACAAGGCACAGACGCUGGAGAAGAAACAAGCUUUACAGAAACAGAUGGAAGUGUGUAUGAAACAAAGCCCACUGCGCCCACAGUCAAUGAUAGGAAUCAGGCAUCUCGGUCAACGCCUGUGUGUUUCCUUCUCACCUGGGUUGUGCUGGUUCAUUAUCUGCUCAGACUACUAUAGCAGCAGGACCCUGUUACACACUCUGAACACAAGUCCAGGAGGAGGAAGAACAGAUGCACAGAUGACCUGAACUGAAGACAUUUGGACAUCCAGUACAGACAGACAGUCACACACACACACACACACGCACACACAAACAAACACAGCAAUGGAUAAAGGACAAACCAUGACAAGAAACGGCUUGCAAGCUGUAAACAAAAAGACACAUUGUUCGUUAUUCUUUGUCACCGCAAAACAAGAGCACAGAGGUCAGAGGUCGCAAAGGCUGGAUCAAUGGAAUGUAAAAUGAAUGUGAAAUGGGGCUAAAUUAAAUAACAGGUUCUUUUGUGGAUAUUCUUUCAGGAUAUGACUCAGAGCAGGUGAUUUGAGGAAAUUGAGAAAAACAAGAUCUUUCUCUUCCCACUGUCGGCAGUUUUUUGCAGUUUUAACACACUUGUCUCUUUCAUGAGACUUUGUCAGUUUAAAAGCAUCUAUAAUGUGCAUAUCUUUUGCGAGAAUAAAUGUGUCAGAAAUGUAAGUUGAGAAACAAGCAAAUCAGUGGUACAUAAUGUACGAUUUGAUUUUUUAAUGCCAGUUUCAUCCAUAAGAAAGUUAUAUAUAUAUAUCACUGACCGGGAAUCAUGUUAUGUUUGGGGAAACUGUAGAAACACUGGAUUUCUACAAUUAGAUCAAGCUUUUUUAGUCAUUCAAAGGUCAUGACCUCUUGCAGAUAUUACAUGUAGGCACUUUUCUUCGCCACUGCACUUCUCCUAAGCCUCACUAUUUCCUCAGUAAUCCUUAGAUACAAGCACAUUUUUAUUUUGUGAUGUUUUUUUUUACAAAUAGAGAUGGUGAUUUACACCAAAAUGCACAUGAAUAUGUGAGCUAGUUGAGCAUUUUUUAUGUGUUGUUUCAAAUUCUGAAUAAAUAUUUUUUCAAUUAAUUCCCA